UGCUCCACCCAGCCUGGGACGAUGGGGAGGAAAAAAAUCCAGAUCUCACGCAUUCUGGACCAAAGGAAUCGGCAGGUGACAUUUACCAAGCGGAAGUUCGGGCUGAUGAAGAAAGCCUACGAGCUGAGCGUGCUCUGCGACUGUGAGAUCGCUCUCAUCAUCUUCAACAGCGCCAACCGCCUCUUCCAGUACGCCAGCACGGACAUGGACCGUGUGCUCCUGAAGUACACGGAGUACAGUGAGCCCCACGAGAGCCGCACCAACACCGACAUCCUCGAGACACUGAAGCGGAGGGGUGUGGGCCUCGAUGGACCAGAGCUGGAGCCAGAUGAGGGGCCUGAGGGGCCAGGAGAGAAGCUGCGGAGGCUGGCAGGUGACGGGGGUGACCCAGCCUUGCCCCGGCCCCGGCUCUAUCCAGCAGUCCCCACUAUGCCCAGCCCGGACAUGGUAUAUGGGGCCCUGCCCCCACCAGGCUGUGACCCCAGUGGGCUUGGAGAGGCCCUGUCUGCCCAGAGCCGCCCAUCCCCCUUCCGACCGGCAGCCCCCAAAGCGGGGCCCCCAGGCCUGGCACACCCUCUCUUCUCACCGAGCCACCUCGCCAGCAAGACACCACCUCCUCUGUACCUGGCAGCGGACGGGCGGAGGCCAGACCUGCCUGGUGGCCUGGCUGGGGCCCGAGGGGGACUGAGCACCUCGAGAGGCCUCUAUGGUAGCCUGCAGAGUCCAUGCUCCGCCGCAGCUCCAGGACCUCCACUGGGAAGCUUCCCCUUCCUCCCUGCAGGUCCCCCAGAAUAUGCCCUGGGAGACCCUCCUCCACCCCCCAGCUUGCUGCAGCCCCCCACCCUGGCCCCCUGGCAGCCCUCGAGGGGUGAUGGGCCCCCGGCCGCCCCCGCCCAGCCCAGUGGGGGCCGCAGCCUGGGCGAGGAGGGCCCCCCCACCCGCGGCGCCUCCCCGCCGACCCCCCCAGUCAGCAUCAAGUCCGAGCGCCUCUCGCCCGCCCCCGGGGGUCCCGGCGACUUUCCCAAGGCCUUCCCCUACCCCUUGCUCCUGGCCCGGCCCCUGGCAGAGCCCUUACGGCCUGGGCCCCCCCUGCGCCGGAUGCCCACUGCCGACAGCUGGCCCCGGUAGUGGACCUGGGGGUGCACCGGCCCUGACCCCCCCAACGCCGGGUGGGGUGAGGGCAUUUGGGGUCCCAACCUCCCUCCCCGCGUCCU